AUGGCUUCCCUUUGCACCUCACCAGUCGCUACUUGUGGCUGUCUCUUCCUCUUGUUGAAUAUUUGUCCUGGCUCCAAGCGUCUUCCCUUGGAUGUGUUCGAUGAAUCUGUAAGUUUGCUCGGGCAGUACGCGGAAUCGUCGCUGACUUUUCCCUCUUCCAACUUCUGUUCAGCAGGUUUUUUCAAAGAGCAUGUCCACAGCUUCCCUGAUCUUCCCUUUCCCGGUGCUUUCUGCCCAUGA